UCCAGUGACCCACGAACGGGGAGACUGAAGAUUUUACAUGAGAUCCAUCAACCCUUUGACUUUGCGCAUUUAUGUCAUUUCUGAGUUGUAAAAUAAGUUGACGUGCCAACAGUUUUUUUUUUGGCAGUGUUGGCUACUCGAUUUACUAUUCGCACAGCAGCAGAAGACAGAAGACGCCAACCUAAAAUUGUUUUGUUUACAUCGAGAGAAGCCACAGAACGUCAGUGUAUUUUUACUUUAAAUGGACAGAAAUGAAUUUGAUUUCAAAAUACAAUCAUUUGAACUGAUGCAACAACCUCAAAGAAACAUGGAGAAGUCGACACAUCAGACGAAAAGUGGUGAAACUGAAGAAGAUCCAGGCGGUGUUGUGUCUUGCUCUAAGUGCAGCUUCGAAGAACGAUAUGACUACAAAGGGAAGAAGCCUCCGUUCGCCAAAUCAUAUGUGUUUUUAGAGGACGCAUAUAUCAUGAAGGACCCAUUCUCUCCGCCUGGAAAGGGGCAGUGCCUGAUGAUUGCAGGAGACUGUUCCAUGUGUAAUAAAGCGGUGUGCUGCUCUAGCGAUUGCAGUCUUUUCUAUGUUAAAAGGUUUUGCAUUUCUUGUGUUCGUAAAAACUUGGGAUACUUCCCCCCUCUUAUUAUAAAUAAAAUUAAAAAGGCUUGAUCCCAGUGUAGUUGAGUUUGAAAUGUAUCUAUCUCUGAUGUCGACUUGUCGUAAGAUCUCGAGUCAAAGUCUCGCAGUAUUUCAGUAUUUAUGAAAGUGUAAUUUAUUUUUAUAAGAUUUUAAAGUUAAGACGAAUGUUCUUGUUCCUUAGUUAUAAAUAAAUUAGGAAUAUAAGUGAA